CGAUCCCUCUCUCCCUCAAAACUCGCUUAUCUUGUCGUCGCUUAAUUUCUCUCAGAAGAAUAUGCCAAAGGUUAAGACGAACCGAGUCAAGUACCCAGAAGGGUGGGAGUUGAUCGAGCCUACUCUUCGAGAGCUAGAUGCCCAGAUGAGAGAAGCUGAGAUGGAUUCACAUGAUGGCAAGAGAAAGUGUGAAACCUUAUGGCCAAUCUUCAAAGUCUCUCAUCAGAGGAGUAGAUAUGUAUAUGACCUUUACUACCGAAGGGAAGAAAUAUCUAAAGAGCUUUAUGAGUUCUGCUUGGAUCAAGGCUAUGCAGAUCGUAACCUGAUUGCUAAAUGGAAAAAGUCAGGAUAUGAACGUUUAUGCUGCUUGCGCUGCAUACAGCCAAGAGAUCACAACUAUGGAACAACAUGUGUAUGUCGUGUUCCCAAGAACCUGCGUGAAGAGAAAGCGGUUGAAUGCGUUCACUGCGGUUGUCAAGGAUGCGCGAGUGGCGAUUAAUCUCAUAGCUUUCUUCACAAUCGCUCACUGCUUGGAUCGAUUUUAAAAACAGUUUGAGUUUAUUGUACGUGUAACGAAGAAGCCUCUUUUACUUGUCAACAUCGAAUCUCUCUCCUUUAUUAUACAUUGAGAUGUAUGUAGAAAUUUCUGGUUUAACUGAAGGAAGAACAUAAAUUCA